CCCCUUUGCAAGUAUAGUCUCUCUGCUAAGCGAAGCGAAGCUUCAAGCUAGUCUCGGCGGCUCUAGAAGACGAUGGGCAAGGACGACGUGAUCGAGAGCGGCGCUGGCGGCGGCGAGUUCGCUGCCAAGGACUACACGGACCCUCCCCCGGCGCCGCUGAUCGACGCGGCGGAGCUGGGGUCCUGGUCGCUGUACCGCGCCGUGAUCGCCGAGUUCAUCGCCACGCUGCUGUUCCUGUACAUCACGGUGGCCACCGUGAUCGGGUACAAGCACCAGACGGACGCGUCGGCGUCGGGCGCCGACGCGGCGUGCGGCGGCGUGGGCGUGCUGGGCAUCGCCUGGGCCUUCGGCGGCAUGAUCUUCGUCCUCGUCUACUGCACCGCCGGCAUCUCGGGGGGCCACAUCAACCCCGCCGUCACCUUCGGCCUCUUCCUGGCGCGCAAGGUCUCCCUGGUGCGCGCGCUGCUCUACAUCGUGGCGCAGUGCCUCGGCGCCAUCUGCGGCGUCGGCCUCGUCAAGGCGUUCCAGAGCGCCUACUUCGACAGGUACGGCGGCGGCGCCAACUCGCUCGCCUCCGGCUACUCCCGCGGCACCGGCCUCGGCGCCGAGAUCAUCGGCACCUUCGUGCUCGUCUACACCGUCUUCUCCGCCACCGACCCCAAGCGCAACGCCCGCGACUCCCACGUCCCGGUUCUGGCUCCCCUCCCCAUCGGCUUCGCCGUGUUCAUGGUGCACCUGGCCACCAUCCCCGUCACCGGCACCGGCAUCAACCCGGCCAGGAGCCUGGGCGCCGCCGUCAUCUACAACAAGGACAAGCCCUGGGACGACCACUGGAUCUUCUGGGUGGGCCCUCUCGUGGGCGCUGCCAUCGCGGCCUUCUACCACCAGUACAUCCUCCGGGCUGGCGCCAUCAAGGCCCUCGGCUCCUUCAGGAGCAACGCGUGAUGAGCGGGGCUUGGCUGUGGAGCAAUGGCGGGCGACCUACGGGCGGGGGGCCGUGAGCGAGGAGAAUGCCAUCAUUCAUCGAUCGACUUGGGUGCCGGUGGUUGGUUCGGGUCGCCUUUUUUUUGUUUCAGCAGCUGCUGCGUUGCGCGCGUGCGUGAGAUUUGGUUUGGUUUCGUUCCCCUGCAAUGUAAUCAUGUCGUGACUCUCAAGGGAUUAUUCCGCUCU